GUGGAGUGAGAGAGCGAAGGAGACGGCAGAGGGUGUGAGCUGAUCACAGGCUGUGAGCGAGAGGCAGCGAGUGGGAAUGGGAGACAGGCAGAGGAACCACAACAUCUGAAAGUUUUAAACCUGUGAUCGCGUUAGGCGAUGCGAAGCAAGACUGGGGGUUCUUCCAACAUGUGGACGCGAGGCAAAUUCCACAUCACGGACUGCUUCAGACUACGACAGAUUUAAGUUUCACAGCUGAGGGAGGGCAGUCUCAGCAGCACUCGUAUUUAGGGAGGGUGGAAUAUAAAGAUGACACGGGGACGAAUCUUAAGAAGGAUACAAUACUGUAAGGUGUGCAAAGAUUGAAGCACACUAAGUGAGAAUGUCACUUCUGUGUUUGUGAGAGGUGAGACGUCGUGACUUGGAAAAACACUUCAAGAGUUAAACGUCAAAGAAGAUCGCCAAAGAAGUACAACAGAUAUUAUCUCGAGGUGCAGUGGCUACAGUGGAUGACAAGACUAUCGUCUGCCUUGGAAGAUGAGGAACCCCGCUAACAUCUCGUUGUGGAAGUACUAAUUGUGGUGGGAUUAUUGCCAGCACUGGAGUUAUUCCACUGGACUCGUUUUUUUGUCCUCUUCAAGAAGCAGACCCUGGUCUGUUAGUCAGCUAUUCCUUUUGGUUUGUACGCUGCGCAAGAAUGAAGCAUCUUGUGCACUGACCGUGAGCUGCCCCACCCUACCCGGUGUCCUUGCCUGUGGGACCCAGUGACCAUGCUGGCCGAGUGUCCAACACCAGAAAGAUCAAAGCUCAGGCCCGCUGUAAUCUCAGCAGCACCAUGUCUCAGCCAGUCGUGGAACAACCUGCGGCUAACAGCUCACAUGCGGGUGAAGCGCCGGAGAUUCAGCUGAAAUGGGCUGCCCUGCUCAUCGUCAUGGUCAUCAUCCCCACUAUUGGAGGAAACAUCCUGGUCAUUCUUGCUGUGUCGCUUGAAAGAAAGCUGCAGAAUGCCACCAACUAUUUCCUGAUGUCACUUGCUGUAGCUGAUCUGCUGGUGGGAGUCCUGGUGAUGCCCAUUGCGCUCAUCACUGUUCUCUAUAAGUCUGAAUGGCCUCUUCCGGAGUUCCUCUGUCCAAUUUGGCUCUUCCUCGAUGUGCUGUUUUCUACUGCAUCCAUCAUGCACCUCUGUGCCAUUUCACUGGAUCGGUACAUUGCCAUCAAGAAGCCAAUCCAACACAGCCAGUACAAAUCCAGAGCCAAAGCUCUGGUCAAGAUUGCACUGGUGUGGCUCAUAUCCAUUUGUAUUGCAAUCCCGAUUCCAAUAAAGGGGCUUAAGGACUACCAUCCUCCCAACAACAUCACCUUCAACAGCAACCACACAUGCCUGCUGAAAACAGACACCUUUAGGGAGUUUAUCAUGUUCGGCUCCUUGGCAGCAUUCUUCAUCCCUUUGACUAUCAUGAUGGUCAUCUACCUACUAACUGUCCAGGUGUUGCGCAAAAAGGUUUAUUUGCUCAAGUCAAAGGUGACUCAGCGCUUUAGCUGCUCGACAGUCUCCACAGCAUUUCAAAAAGAACAGACCAUGACUUCACCUCAAACUGAGCAAGUGAACAUACUGGACAGUAGACUUCCCAGGAUGCAAGAAAAAACAAAUGCAGGCACAACGAACGCUCCAACAGGAGAAGAAAUUUCUUUUCGCAGAAUGUCAACAAUGGGCAAGAAGUCAAUGCAGACUCUCAGCAAUGAGCAACGUGCCUCAAAGGUGCUAGGCAUAGUCUUCCUCCUGUUUGUAGUCAUGUGGUGCCCCUUCUUCAUUACAAACAUCACCUCCGUGCUAUGCACCAGUUGUGAUGCUAGUGUAAUUUCACGCCUCAUGGAGAUCUUUGUGUGGGUGGGUUAUGUGUCAUCAGGUAUCAACCCGUUGGUCUACACGCUAUUCAACAAAACUUUCAGGGAGGCGUUUACACGUUACAUCACCUGUAACUACAAAAGCUGUUCGAGUAAUGGGUCAGGACAACUUCCUAAGGCAUCAAAUACAGACUGGACCCUUACAAGGAUGUCAUUCAAAUCUUCCAUGGCAGAGAACUCUAAAUUGUUUAUGAAGCGCGGAAUGAAGAAUGGCAUCGGAUCAGUGAGCUACCAAAGUCCACUGAGGUGUCGACAAGCACCUGUACAGUCAUCCAGUGGUGUUUUGUUAGACACAAUACUUCUGACUGAAAAUGAUGAUGGUAAGCAGCAGGAGCAUGUUAGCUGCGUAUAGAGACACCAGACAAAGACAUCCAACUAAACGGGGCACUUUAAGUGGAUCAGAUUUAUGGUGCAAAUUUUUCAUCUCUAUAAAGACAAAGGCUUGCCCCAUAGAUAAAUAUUCAAAACGCCAGAGUGGGACAUACUGUUACUCUUAAUAUGACACACAAAUCAUUUGACACCAGGACUUAUUGUGCACUGUACAGCAAAAGCUAGCCUGCUGUUACCUGAUGCUACUGAUGUUUGUUUACAUCAGUCAUUUUAAAGCAAAACAUGGCUAUUUUCACCAGAAUAAUUUGUAAAACAUAAUACUACCUUUCAGUCACAAAUCAAGCCCUUCCAUUAAAUAUGUGACUGUACAGCAUAGGAUCAAAAGACAGCUCAACAGGCCUAUAAGGCAAGCUAUAUUAAUAAUGUGAAUUCUCAGCGAGGCUGUUCUUAGCGUACACAAAAAGAGUUUUCGAGUUCUCGAGGCCAACUUAAAGAAUACAAGUUCAGAUUCAACAAAGUUGAGGCAACCAGACAUUAUGUCAACCUGGAAACUCUCUGAAUGCAGUAUAAAAUAUAUUCCUCUGCUGAUUCUUUUACUUGGGCUAAAAAUAUGCUGUAAACCAUCUCAGACCACAUGCUUUUAUUUUGCUAAGAAGACCACAACUCUCUUCUGCAGACGGACAUGUAAAUGCAUUACACUCUUGAAAUGAAACUUAUUGUAUCUGCUGGAUCUUUGGAAAGCACUCUUGUAUGUGUAUUGCGGCCUGAUGUUUUGACAUGUUAAAAAAGGUUUCCGAAUGAGACUGUAUAUAAGAAAGAGCAAAAUCUAGAUUCAAUGGAAACCUAAAUGUGUUCAAUAAAAUACUUUCUGUGUUGCGGACCUAAA